CGAGGUCAAGGAGCUCCUCGACGCCGACUCGGCCCUCGCGUUCGACGGCAUCGAGGACUGCUACGCGGUCCGCGGCGAGUGCUGGAAGGCCCAGACCCAGCCGGCGCUCAACCUCACCGUCAAGUCGUUCGCGUUCACGUCGCUCGUCGGCCCGACCCAGUUCCUGAGCAACUUUAGCGUGUCGCCCCUCGAGACCGAGACGGUCGCGCUUGAAAAGGUGCGCCAGGGCGGCCGCAAGCGCUACACGAGCUUCUUCAACCGCGGCCGCGAGGACUUUGUCGUCGAGCCGACCGCGCCCAACGAGGACCGCAAGCGCGAGAUGGAGAGCGUCCAGUGGGCCCUGUUCGCCGCCAAGGUGUUCGUCCUGCGCUUCUGGGGCCUCGCCAAGAAGGCCGACAGCGCCGACAUCUUCGUCAUGUUGAUCGCCUACGUCCUCAUGCACUCGACGUUCGUGUCGCUGUACCUCAACAUGAACCGCCUGUCGAGGUCCCUGCGGCCCAACUCGGGCUCGCUCGGGUUCUGGCUCGCCACCCUGUCGCUCGCGUCGUCCUGUGUCGCCUUCAUGUUCGCCCUCUUGACGGCGUGGUACCUCGAGAUCAGCGUCAACCCGGUCCUCCUCGGCGAGGCCCUGCCGUUCCUCGUAAUCACGGUCGGCUUCGAGAAGCCCUUCGUCCUCACGCGCGCCGUCUUCUCGCACCCGUCGAUCGGCUCGAUGACGCCCGUCACCGGCGGCGCCGGCAAGCCCCUGACGCCGACCAACGCGUUCGGGCUCCGGUUCGCGCCGCCCGUCCCGGCGCGCGACAUUGUGCGCACGGCCGUGUCCAAGACGGGCUACGGCAUCAUCCGCGACUACGCGCUCGAGGUGGCCGUCCUCGUCGUCGGCGCCAUGAGCGGCGUCGCCGGCCUGCGCGAGUUCUGCCAGCUCGCGGCCGUCAUCUUGGUGUGGGACGCCCUGUGCCUCGUCGGCUUCUUCGUGUCGGUCCUCACCAUCAUGGUCGAGAUCCACCGCAUCAAGGUCAUCCGCCACUUCCGCCGCACCGACUCGUCGGCCGACCUGUCGCGGUUCCUCGACGACCCGGCCGCGCUCGCCGACGCCGAGGCGCCCGCGUCCGACGACGGCAGCGAGGCGCCCGCCGGCGCACUCGGCCUGCGUGAGCGCCUCAUCCGGGUCGUGACGGGCACGGCGAGCCCGGCCGCGCGCCUCAAGGUCCUCCUAAUCGCCGCCUUCCUCGUCCUCCACUCGCUCAACCUCGUCACGACCCUCACGGCCAAGACGGCGCUCGGCCGCCACAUCGACCACUCGGCGUCGACGGGCCACGUGCCGCAGAUCGACACGUCGAACCCGGUCCUCACGUCGACGCUCCUCCAGCUCGUCGCCGCGCACGAGCCCGUCACCGAGCUCCUCGUCCACGUCGUGCCGGCGCUCCACUUCCGGGCCGUCGACCUCACCCUCCCGCCGGUCGUCGCCGCGUCGACGGCGUCGCAGAUGAGCGGCGCCAUGCCCAACCUGUCGUCGGCGUCGGCGUCGGGCUCGUUCGCGUCGAUCGACCAGUUCCUGUCGCGGUGGACGCGCCUCGUCGGCGACCCGAUCGUGUCCAAGUGGAUCGUCAUCGCGCUCGCCAUGUCGCUGUUCCUCAACGGGUACCUCCUCAAGGGCAUCGCGUCGGGCUCGGACUCAAAGGACGCGGCCGUCAUGCAGCGCGAGUACGCCCGCCACGAGCGCAAGGCCGAGCAGGACGCGCACCAGCCGGUCCCGAGCGUCAUCAAGGUGACGACGGCCAAGUCGGGCCGUCGAGGGUCCAACUCGUCCGACGACUCGUCGCCGCCCGGCUCGCCCAUCCUGAUCCGGACCCGCUCGUCGUCGCGCAAGAACGGCGCCGCGACGCUCGCGGCCCCGUCGACGGCCCACGGCGCCGAGUCGCAGGCGCUCGUCACGCCGCCGCAGCGCGAGCUCAAGCUGUCGCCGUCGACCGUCGCGCUCGUGCCCGCCGAGGGCAUCCCCGACGCGCCGCGCGACCUCGACACGUGCGUCAAGCUGUUUGACGGCGGCAACGGCGCCGUCCUCCUCAACGACGAGGAGAUCAUCCUGCUCGUCCAGAAGGGCAAGGUUGCCGCGUACGCCCUUGAGAAGCUCCUCAACGACCACGUCCGCGCCGUCUCGGUCCGCCGUGCCCUCAUUUCCCGUGCGUCGGCCCGCAAGACGCUCGAGUCGUCCGACCUGCCGUACCUCCACUUCGACUACUCGCGCGUCAUGGGCCAGUGCUGCGAGAACGUCGUCGGCUACAUGCCCCUGCCCGUCGGCAUCGCCGGCCCGCUGCGGAUCGACGGCGCCGUCCUGCCCAUCCCGAUGGCGACGACCGAGGGCGCGCUCGUCGCGUCGACGUCGCGCGGGUGCAAGGCGCUCAACGUGUCGGGCGGUGUGACGACCGUGGUCGUGCAGGACGCCAUGACGCGCGGUCCGGCAUUGACGUUCCCGAGCGUCAUCAUGUGCGCGGCGGCCAAGCGGUGGGUCGACUCGGAGGAAGGGUCCAACAUCCUCAAGGCGGCGUUCAACUCGACGUCGCGGUUCGCGCGCCUCAAGAGCCUCAAGGCGGCCAUGGCGGGCCGCACCCUCUUUGUCCGGUUCGCGACCCAGACGGGCGACGCCAUGGGCAUGAACAUGAUCUCGAAGGGGUGCGAGCGCGCGCUCGAUGUCAUGAUGACGGACCACUUCCCCGACAUGGUCAUCGCGUCGCUGUCGGGCAACUACUGCACCGACAAGAAGCCGGCCGCGAUCAACUGGAUCGAGGGGCGCGGCAAGAGCGUCGUCGCCGAGGGCAUUGUCCCGGGCGAGGCGGUGCGCUCGAUCCUCAAGACGACGGUCGACGACCUGUGCAAGCUCAACGUGACCAAGAACCUGAUCGGCUCGUCGAUGGCGGGCUCGAUCGGCGGCAACAACGCGCACGCGUCCAACAUCCUCACGGCCAUCUACCUCGCGACGGGCCAGGACCCGGCGCAGAACGUCGAGUCGAGCAACUGCAUGACGCUCAUGGACCCUAUCAACGACGGCAAGGACCUCCUCAUCACGUGCUCGAUGCCGUCGAUCGAGGUCGGCACCGUCGGCGGCGGCACCAUCCUCCUCCCGCAAGCCUCGAUGCUCGAGCUCCUCGGCGUCAAAGGUCCGCACCCGACCGCGCCCGGCCAGAACGCGCAGCAGCUCGCGCGCAUCGUGUGCGCGAGCGUCAUGGCCGGCGAGCUGUCGCUCAUGUCGGCGCUCGCGGCCGGCUCGCUAGUAAAGAGCCACCUCGCGCACAACCGCUCGGCGCCCGCGACGCCCGCGCCCCAGACGCCGCAGCUCGGCAUGAGCCGCUCGACGACGCCGGCGCUGCCCAACGGUGCGCCCCAGGCGAGGCUCGCGCCGUUGACGACGACCGGGCACUAGAGAUCUCUCGCCCUCGUCGUCGUCCGUCCUUCCUCGUCCUUGUCCCCUCCUCUCGCAACUCCUCGCAUCCUUCCCGGUCCUCUUUCUCGUCUCUCUCUCUCUCUCUUUAGGUCGUUCUCGAGUCUCUCGCCCCCUACCCUGCACGCACCCGCACUCCCCAUCUCUCGUUCCCCUCUCCCUCUCUCCUCCGUGCAGCCGUCGUCGUCCUUUUGUCGGAGGUACCUUCUCGAGCAGUGCUCCCCCCUCUCCCAAGUUAUCUCCUGCAACUCGCACGUCUCUCUCUCGCU